CUAAAAGGUCUUACCUCUGUCACUACUUAUAACUCUCCCACCUGUCCACUCUCAUCGAAAGCAUAUCAAACUCAAACACCCGCUUCACAAUCAAAGACCCCAAAAGUCCCACAAAACAAACAACCGUCAACAUGCGUGUCUCAGCAGCUUUCAUCACCCUCAUCUCCCUGGCUGCGGCCGCGGACUCCACCUCCUCCGCCGCCAGCGCCGCCUCCUCCGCGGCAUCGGCAGCCAGCUCUGCGGCCAGCGAGGGCUCGUCCAUCAGCUCUGUCCUGUCGUCCGAGGUGUCUAGCAUCGCCUCGAAGCUGUCGUCCGAGGGCUCGUCCAUCAGCUCCGCGCUCACGUCGGCCACCGGCUCGGCGGCCGCCAGCCUGAGCUCCGAGCUCGGGUCCGCCAGCACCGCCGCCAGCAGCAAGGGCGCCUCCGCAACCAGCAAGGCCACCAGCAAGCUCACCGGCACCAACGCCGCUCCCGUCCCCACCGCCGCGGCCGCCAUGGGCGCCCUCUUCGGCGGCGCCGCUCUUUUCGCGAACAUGUAAAGAAAGAAAGGGCACCGGUCCUUUUUUUCUCUUUGUCUUUCGCCAUUGCUGUUAUGGGGGAUAUCCGCGGCUCUAAUUGGGGUUGGGGGGAAAGAGAAGUGUUGUGUCGGGGGAUAUGCCGUGAAAAGUGGUGUGUUUGUGGCGGUCUCCGUUGUGGUCCCGAUUAAUCAUGGAAGUCACCCUUGCUACGGGACUCUGUUUGUAUGAACUACCUAGUCAUUACAACAUACUUUUCGAAUAACGAGAAAGACGAUUCUAGAGUAACGGAUUUCCUGUCGAGGCUGCUCCCAUAAUUGCGUGAUGUGCAUGUGGUGUUCUUCCCGUUCGGACC